AAAGCUGAUUGACUGGCGCCUGCGCAGUGCGGUAUGAUAGAGUGGUGCCGAGCUGUGACAUGGAGUUCGCUGAGCUGAUUAAGACCCCCCGGGUGGAUAAUGUGCUCCUGCACCGGCCCUUCCACCCGGCGGUGGGCGGCACUCUGUGUCUGACCGGCCACCACCUCAUCCUCAGCUCCCGGCAGGACAACAUGGAGGAACUAUGGCUCUUACACUCCAACAUAGACUGCAUCGACAGGCGGUGAGUGAGCACUCACACACUCCAACAUAGACUGCAUCGACAGGAGGUGAGUGAGCACUCACACACUCCAACAUAGACUGCAUCGACAGGAGGUGAGUGAGCACUCACACACUCCAACAUAGACUGCAUCGACAGGAGGUGAGUGAGCACUCACACACUCCAACAUAGACUGCAUCGACAGGAGGUGAGUGAGCACUCACACUCACACACUCCAACAUAGACUGCGUCGACAGGCGGUGAGUGAGCACUCACACACUCCAACAUAGACUGCGUCGACAGGCGGUGAGUGAGCACUCACACACUCCAACAUAGACUGCGUCGACAGGAGGUGAGUGAGCACUCACACACUCCAACAUAGACUGCGUCGACAGGAGGUGAGUGAGCACUCACACACUCCAACAUAGACUGCGUCGACAGGAGGUGAGUGAGCACUCACACACUCCAACAUAGACUGCGUCGACAGGAGGUGAGUGAGCACUCACACACUCCAACAUAGACUGCGUCGACAGGAGGUGAGUGAGCACUCACACACUCCAACAUAGACUGCGUCGACAGGAGGUGAGUGAGCACUCACACACUCCAACAUAGACUGCGUCGACAGGAGGUGAGUGAGCACUCACACACUCCAACAUAGACUGCGUCGACAGGAGGUGAGUGAGCACUCACACACUCCAACAUAGACUGCGUCGACAGGAGGUGAGUGAGCACUCACACUCCAACAUACACUGCAUUGACAGGACGUGAGUGAGCACUCACACACUCCAACAUAGACUGCGUCGACAGGACGUGAGUGAGCACUCACACACUCCAACAUAGACUGCAUCGACAGGAGGUGAGUGAGCACUCACACACUCCAACAUAGACUGCAUCGACUGGAGGUGAGUGAGCACUCACACUCCAACAUACACUGCAUUGACAGGCGGUGAGGGACCACUCACACACUCCAACAUAGACUGCGUCGACAGGCGGUGAGGGAGCACUCACACUCUCCAACAUUUGCACACACCUCGGCAAGCUGUAGUGCUUUAGCCAAUGAAAGGGACAUGUUGCACACCUAAUUUUCCUCAUGCGUUACCUUGCAAUGCAAAUCUAUUUUAAAGUAGCUGUCCCCUUUUGGGUGUCUUUGCAUAAUUCCAAAGACCCCAGAUGUGACGACUUUGCCGUGAAGUGCACGGGAAGGUGACAUUAACUUACCAUCAACUACUUUUCCUCUGUACCCCCUGCAGCUUCAUCAGCCUGGAGAUCACAACAGUUCACAGCAGUUUUAUUGUAUUUGAGCUCCUUUUGUGCAUUGACAACUUUAUGUAAUUUCAGGUUUGUAGGUACAGCUGGUACGAUCACCAUUAAGUGUAAGGACCUGCGCAUAAUUCAGUUGGAAAUCACCGGGAUGGACGAGUGUCUGAAUAUAGCAAGUUCAAUUGAGGUAACAAUUUUGUCUACAUCCCCUUCCUGUGUACACGCUGUGUGUUCAAUAUUUAUUUUAGUUCUUACUUGCAUUGAAGCUGUGCAAUAUCUUUUCUCACAGCAUUCUCAUGUUUAAUUAAAAUGACAAUCCAUGCUUAUCAAACAUUUCCAACCAAUCCAAAAAAGAAAUAAAACAAAGAUAAUCACUUUAAAACAACGCAUGACAUUAUCAGCUUGGCCAAUUAGCUUCUGUGUGUCUGUGAAGUGCACACUGUUGGACAUGUGUAAUCCAGCACUACAAGGUUCAAAGUGCUGAUUGGUCAACAGCUGUUUAACUCUGCAGAGAUAAGACUGUCGCUAACCUACAAAGGAAAUAAAUCAGUCAUUCGACCGCUUUGCCUAAAAGUGUUUCUGUGAGGGUGCAGGAUGAACCAACAAGAUGGCUGUGUUUUAGAACAGAAGAGGCAGGAUUAAGAUGCAGAAUUUGGCAAAACACUAUUUAUAUUUUGCAAAAUAAAUCAUUUCCAUUUUCAAAGGAACACUAUAGCUUUAGAAAUACAAAUCAGUAUUCCCCACGCUAUAGUGCCCCUGUCCCUAACCUAUUGAGUCCCACCACUGUCUGGUGAAUAAAGGGUUACCUUCUUCACUUAGCUCUUUCCAGAGCCUCUUCCUGCCUCAUCUUGGCGAUGGUGGAGUCUUAGGCACAGGUGCUUCCUCGUGCCUAAGACUCUGCUAGGAACCAGGAAGCACCUCUAGUUGCAGGGACACUGCACCCAGACCACUUCAAUGAGAUGAAGGGGCCUGGGUGCCUAUAAUUUGUUAUCUUGGCUGCUAUACAUAAGGAAAAUACUAUCUAAUUUUCUAAUGCAUUUUAUGUAAACUAGAGCACUCAGAGAAAAGGGGUAACGAGAUUCAGACUCAGAGAGCGCAAUAUAAAAGCAGAUUAGAUUUCAUUUAUUUUUGGUGACCGAGCCACAUUAAUUACCAUGCCCGUAUGGAUGCUUUGUAUAUCACAAUGUUUAUGGCCCAGUGAUAGACCAUGAAUUAUUUGUAUUUUAUCAGAAGGAAGUCGGCACUGGCCAUGUGACUAGAUGACAGUUAUGAAUAACUGUAACAUAACCAACACAAUUACAUCCUUGCCCAUCAAAGAAAUUUUUUUUUUUUUUUUGAAGCUGCUAAUGGGAUGGUGUAACAUUUUGUAUGACGAGCCUGAUUAUUGCUUUAUAUCAAUAUUAAUUCAAGUGGCUCUAUCACCUCAAACUUACCUUUCUACUAUUGUUUCCUCUUUAGGUAUAUGUUCUUCAUUUCUGAUCCAUUUCUCUUUAAACAUAAGACAAAGUGGGAGCAACUUUCUUAUGUAUUUUCCUAUGCUUGACAAAUGUGACAAAAGGUUGAAGCUUAAGGCAAGCUCCACUUCGUUUUGUCAAGCUAACCAAGGGUGAAGCUUACCGCAAGCUCCACCCAGGGCCGGUACAAGGAUUCUUACCGUCCUCUGCAACAAUCCAUUUUGCCGCCGCCUCCUCAUGAAUGCAACUAUAUUCACUCAGAGGUUUAUUCAUUAAACGCUGAAUUGCAAAGAAGAUAUAUUUAGGGAAGGAGAUACACUGGGUAUACAUUAAAGGGAGCUUAAUGAAGUGGUUUGGGUGCAGUGUACCUAUGGCACUUAGCGCUGCAAUGUAAAAUGUUUACAUUGCAGCACGAAGUCUUCCUCCAGUGGACCAAUACAUAAAUUCCCCACACACUUCCCAAUACAUACACACACUGCCUUAUACAUAAAUUCAUACACUCAUACUGCCUAUACAGUCAUACAUCCAUCCAUAGGCAUGUACUGCUUAAUAAAUAUAUAUCCAUACACACAUAAUGCCUAAUACACAGUGUAACUUACACACUCACUAACACUCUCUCUGACUUACACACACCGUAUCUCGUAUUGGCCGAUAUUCCAGAUUUUGGCAGGUAUCGGUAUUGGUCACUAUUGAUACAGAUAUUGCCGAUAAUGUGAGAUGUGGCGGUGGUUCAGCGCAUGCAGGGCCGAAGCGUCCAUAAGGUGGCACAGGUGACUGCCUUAAGGCGCUCAGGCCCGGGAGAGCAACAAUCGAGUGACUGGCAGGAAGGAAGCGCACAGCACUCCCCCUACCAGUCACUGUAGCGUGGUCGAGCAGAGCGUCCACGGUACAGGAAACGGAAGCUCCUGUACCGCGGUCUGCUCCGUUCGGCCAUGCUACAAGAAAGGUAAUAAGGCACACCAGUGAGAAGAGAGGACCACUAAGGGGGAGGGAUGGACACUAAAGGACGGAGCGGGAGAGAAACACUAAGUGGGGGCAAAUGUACAGAAUAUCUGUAUCGAUAAGUUAUCGGCCUGAAAGUUCACAGAUUAUCGGUAUCAGCUCUCAAAAAUCAAUAUCGGUCGAUCCCUACUUCAGUGUUACAGGCAGGGGCAGCCAGGAUACCUGGUUAUGUCCCGGGUUCCCCUUUCUGAAGGAAGCAGAGUGCUCUGCUCAGGUGCUGGGGAUACAGCACACCUCGCAUCCUGAGAAGGUAAUUGGCAGAGAGGAGACUAGCAGAUGAACGGGUGCGCAGGGGGGUGUCUAAGAGACACUCGCCCAGAUAGCAGCAGGGCAGACCACCAGGAAACCUCUCUGGGGUGCCCCCAACAGGGCCACGCACCAAGCGAAUACCAUAUUUAUUUGCCUAAUUGUAGCCCUGGCCCCGGCUCCAUUCCGUUUGUCAAGAUUGCCAAGUCUAGGUAUUCUGACUCGGAUUGCUGUGAUAGUGAUCUAACCCUUGUGAGACCUCUGUGCCCGGCCUGUGUAAGCAGGUACAGUCACUGCAGACAAUCCUCCUCAGCUGAACUCACCAAUACUGGUUUCAUCCAAAAGCUGGUUUAUUCUGAACAUCACACAACAGGAAUACAGCAGAAUGAAUGGAUUUCAGUAUUAUGCGGUCAAAAGAUGAUGCUUUCCUUAGCUUAGCAUGUGGGAUACAAGAGUCCCAGUUACAUGAGGCAAAUGCAAGCAGCCAUGACACAGGAAGUACAGCAAGAACAGGGCGGAGUUUUACAUACAAGGAAAUUAUGUAUGAUGCUCACAGGAGGAACAAGGGCAUUACCAAAAAGGGCCAAAAGGAGGCAGCAAAAAUACAAGGUAAAUAAAUCACAGAAUAUGCUAUGUAAAUUGCAUCUACAAUAAUGAGAAUAUUAACUGUGUAACGGCACACUCCCCGUCUGACGUUGUAAAUGUCACUAUUUUAUACCAUAACGGUAGUUAUACAAGUGCAAAUAAACAACAGUGCAAUUUGCUUGAUGUCUUGAGAACGUGAAAGACAUAAAGAAAAAAUCAUGCAAAAAAUGCAACAACUUCAAGUUAACAUUAACGUCCAAGACUCUUCCUUCUUGAAAUCAAAGGUAGGAACAAACAACAUACGCAAGUAAGUUCAUUCUCCAAAGGGCAGGAGCAGAAUAAGUUCAGUGAUAGGUCUGAUGAAGGUCUUUACAGUCCCUUGUCUUGCAACUUUCACCUCCACCUUGCGUACCUUGCCAUCAUCACUAGGAACACUCUUUAUAAUAAGUCCCAUAGGCCACUUGAGUCUCCCAGCUUGUUGAUCCUUGAGCAGAACAAGAUCUCCAACUUUAAUGUUAGGAUUUGGGUGUUGCCAUUUCCUGCGUCCUUGCAAAGUAGAAAGGUACUCCAUCUUCCAACGAUUCCAGAAGCAGUUGGCGAGGUGUUACACUCGCUUCCACUGGUCAUAGCGCGAGUUUCCUGAGUUAAAGUUUCCGGGUGGGACAGGAAUGGACCCAAGCUUUUGGGUAAGCAGAGUUGUUGGGGUUAGGAUGGUUGGAUUCUCUGGAUCUGUUGACACUGGAACCAGUGGUCUGGAAUUAAUUAUAGCAGAUGCCUCUGCCAUAAAGGUGGUUAGAACCUCGUGGGUAAGUCUUGUGCAAUUUGAGUCCAUAAGCAUAGAGUCCAGCUCACGUAGUAUGAAAUCUGCAAUUUCUACAGCUAGAACAGUCCCACAAAGUUCAAGCCUAGGGAUUGUGUGCUCUGGCUUAGGUGCUAACUUAGCUUUUCCAAACAGAAACCCUAUGUGGACUUGAUUAGAAGAGUCUCUUACCUUGAGGUAGGCAACAGCCGCUAUAGCCUCAGUUGAUGCAUCUGAGAAGAUGUGAAGUUCUUUUCUCUGACUCGUAGUGAGGGAAGCUGAAUUGUAGCAGCAUGGUAUACGGAUUCCAUCUAAGGCACGUAGAGAUUGUUUCCAGGACUCCCACUUAGGAAGCUUGUCUGAUGGCAGUGGGGCGUCCCAAUCUUUAAUAGUCUCAAUCUUUAAUAGUCUCUGAGAAUUGCCUAAGCAAGGAUUUGCCUUGUAUGGUAAUGGGAGCAACAAAUCCCAUUGGGUCAUACAGGCUAUUUACUACUGACAGAACACCACGCUUGGUAAACGGCUUGUCUGUAGAGCUGACUUGAAAGCCGAAGGUAUCCUUUGACAAGUCCCACCAUAGGCCCAGACUUCUCUGUUCAGGUGGCUUGUCCAUUCCGAGAUUAAGGUCUUUAAACCCUGUGGCAUGAUCAUCAGGUUGAAAGGCUUUCAUGACGGCAACACUAUUUGAGGCAAUCUUGUGUAGUCUGAGGUUAGCCUCAGAGAGCAUAUCUUGUGUCCUCUUGAGCAGAUCUAUGGCUUCUUCAUCUGUAGGUAAAGACUUAAGCCCAUCGUCAACAUAAAAGUCUCUCUCAACAAAGUGUCGAGCGUCACUACCAUACUCCUUUUCUCCUUGAAGGGCAGUCCUUCGUAAACCAUAUGUUGCAACAGCGGGUGAGGGACUAUUCCCGAAGACAUGAACUUUCAUGCGGUAUACAUGAUCUCAUUGUCCAUGUAGUUGUUACGGUGCCACAGAAACCUUAGGAAGUUCCUAUGGUCUUCGCGUACAAUGAAGCAAUGAAACAUUUGCUCAAUGUCGGCAGUUAUUGCAACUGGCUCUCUUCUAAACCUCAUGAGUACACCUACAAGGUUGUUGGUUAGAUUCGGGCCUGUGAGUAGAACGUCGUUCAGGGAUACGCCUUGAUGCUUGGCACUGGAGUCAAAUACUACCCUGAUUUGUUUGGGCUUGCGUGGAUGAUACACUCAGAAGAAAGGCAGGUACCAGCACUCAUCAUGACUUUGAAGUGGUGGCGCUGGUUCGGCGUGAUCAUUGUCGAAGAUCCUUUUCAUGAAAGCGAUGAAGUGAUCCUUCAUUUCAGGUCUGUUCUUUAGUGUUCGUUGAAGUGAGUUCAGUCUGGAUACAGCCUGUUCACGAUUGGUAGGGAGUUUGGCUCUUGCUGUUCGAAGAGGUAAUGGCGCAACCCAGCUGUUAGACUCAUCCUGGAAGAAUUCUUUGUCCAUUAUUUUGUUGAAUUCUUUGUCUUCAAUCGACAAGGCUAAUUUGUUGUCAUCAUUUGUAGUACUAAACACUGCGGCACCUAGGUUGUCAUAAGAAAGAAUAGAAGCAGUAUGCCGUACUUGGAUCAUGUCAAGAGGUUUUUCCUUUUCUUCAUAAUGGCGAGGGCAUCGUCUGAAGUGGGAGGCACAUCCAUUCCCCAGUAUGUAAGUUUUAAAGGAGCGGAUCUCGGAUGACGUAUGCUUCCUGUCUAUGCAUACAUCGCCCACUAUUACCCAGCCUAGGUCAAGUCUUUGUGCAUAAGGGGCGUCGUCAGGUCCAUUACACUGGUCGCGCACUUUAUGUACUCUGAGGAUGUCUCUUCCUAGGAGAACCAAAAUUUCAGCAUUCAUGUCCAUUGCAGGAAUCUCAUCAACAAGGUGCCUUAAGUGAAGAUGGUGAUAUGUGGCUUCUGGAGUGGGAAUCUCUUGCCUUUCAUCUGGUAUCUGGUCACACUCAACUAAUGUUGGUAGGGGUAUACCCUGUCCCCCUUUGAUGUGAGAAACCAUGAACCCAUCCACUCUUCUGCCAAAGGCCUCUACACGACCAGAACAGGUUCUAAGAGUAUACGGUGUGGGAUGACCCUCUAUGCCAAAGAUCUCAAAGAAUUUAGGCUUAACCAGGGAUCUAUUGCUCUGUUCAUCUAUUAUGGCAUACAUCUUAGUAGCUUUCUCAGGGUGGUCCUUUGGGUAUAUCCUGACUAGGCAUACCUUGGCGCAGCAUUUGUGAUCCAAGCCUUCUCCACAGACUUCUGUGCACGAAGAGAGAACGUUAUUCUUGGCUGGAGCAUGACUUUGUUGCUCCCCACCAUAACUUGAGGCAGGUGAGGAGGUAGGUGGCUGCUGUAACUUGUCUGGAAGUGGAGUAGGAUGCAUGGCUGUAACAUGUUUGUCGCUGCCGCAUUCUGUGCACUUGAUGAGGGCUUCACAGUCUUUAGCAAGGUGGCUAUAAGAGGCACAGCACUUGAAGCAUAUUCCAAGUUUCUGGAGAAUCUCCCUGCGCUCUUGUAGGGUCUUUGCCCUAAGUCCACGACAUUUCUUAAGAGGGCGAGGCUUCUUGUGAAUAGGACACUGGCGAUUAGGGUCUUUAUCUUUGUCGACCACGCACUCAUCACUAGGUGAGGUGGCGGAGGGUGAGAUGUCUGUCCUCUUGACAGAUAUUGCUUUAUUGAAGUCUCUACGUUUAGGUGCUGUGUUAUCAUACCUUGAUGAUGAUGAGGAUGAAGCAGGCAUGUUGGGUUCACUGAAGCUGAAGCUGGGGUCAUUUCUCAUCCAAGCUUGAUCACUAAUGAACCUGCAAAAGUAUGAGAAUGGAGGAAAAGAUACAUUAUAGUCUUUUUUUAUACUUUGAUCCUUGUUGUGCCCAUUUCUCUUGUAGGCUGUAUGGCAGUUUAGACACCACUGGGUUGACACCAUGAGCAGUGUCCAAGAAGCUUAGUCCAGGUAGACGGGGAUCUCUCUUUGCCAACUCCAACUCCAUGAGGAGGUCACUUAGAUCUUGCAGCUUGCAAUGGUCUUUGUUUGAUAUUUUUGGAAAGUUUUGCAGUCUCUUGAAUAGAUCACUUUCUAUGGCUUCAGAGCUACCAUAAGUUUGCUCAAGUCUUGCCCAUGCAGCAGAAAGACCUGCAUCUGGGUGGUCAACAUGCACUGUUCUCAGUCUUUUAACACGAUCGGAAGAUUCUGGUCCCAACCAUUUUAUGAUCAAAUCAAGUUCUUCCCUAGCAGUAAGGUUGAGAUCAGCAAUAGCAGCCUUGAAUGUUGCUCUCCAGGCCCUGUAGCUCUCUGCACUAUCGUCAAACCUUGAGAGACUUGUGUUAAUGAGCUCACGGCGCACCAUAUAUCUGGCGAAGUCAUUCAAAUCUGAUUUCUCACUCCUUGGUACCAAAGUAACUUGUGGAACCCAUUGGUUGUGAAAGUUCUCUGGUGAUGUAAGGUGAGGUUCGCCAGGGUAGAAUGAUGUAGCAUGAGUGUUUAACUUUGGCUUAGUCUCUAAGGCUUGUGCUGGCGGUGGCUUCAGAUGCAGCUUGUCACCGAAAGUCACAUUGUUGUUUGCAGGAGAAGAUGUGGUUGGCUGCAUAGAUUUACCUGUAUUGUAGACUUGAAGAGGCUCAGGCAUAUUGUGUUGGGAGGUCUCCGUGUUGAGAGUCAGAACAGUGUUGUUUGUAGGAAGUACAGGAGAUGACUCUGUAUCCUUGCGAAUGUUAUGCUUUAGUAUAUAUUCGCUGGUGCGUUCAACUGGAUCUUCCAGUUCUGCUGGGAUAAGACAGUCCAGAUUAGUGCUUUGUCUCAUUGCUUGUUCGAGGACUUUUAGCCUUGCCAGGGAAGCUGCUUUCUCACCUUCCAUUUGCAGAAUCUUUAUUUGUGCUUCUGCCAGGGAAGCUGCUUUCUCACCUUCCAUUUGCAGAAUCUUUAUUUGUGCUUCUGCCAGGGAAGCUGCUUUCUCACCUUCCAUUUGCAGAAUCUUUAUUUGUGCUUCUUCCUCUGCUUGCUUUCUGACAAAAGAGCUUUGCACCUUUUUUGCUUCAGCAUCAGCGCGGGCCUCAAUAAGCUUAUCAUUUAAUAUUGAAUUUCUGGAGCGAGAGGAUCGAGAAGAGGGUGCGGUGCGCUUGGUUGAGGUGGAUCUGUGAGAUCUGGUCUCCAGUAGAUGAGCUAUGCGGAGUUCUGCCUUAAGCUUAGCAUUUUGCACUUCAAGAUCCCUUUGUCGGUUUAGUGCAUUGGUCCUGGUCAGUUCUGCUGAAGAAUCCUCUAUAUUAAAGUCCUGCAAGAAGGCUGAGUAUUUUACAGACAACCGCUUAUAGCGUUCAUAUGCGGCACAUAGGCGAUUUACAGAGUCUCUUAAUUCAGCCGGUUGAUCAGUGAAAUUUGCCAAAACUGACAUGCAGUGUGAGGUUCUGUCCCAGAGGUCUGACAGAUUACUGGAGAACUCAUCUCUAGUUGCUUCAUAGUUUUCUCUGAGUUUCUGUGUUGGUUUUAUUAUACGUUUGGCUUUUACACUUUGUUCUGUAAUAUCUGCUAGAUCUGUUCCCUGUGCACCUUCUGGUUCAGAGGCAUGAUGUAUCUGUAUUGUUUCUGCCAUAAAAGAGUGUUCAGAGCGUUGGCUAGACAUUUUAUAUUGUUUUGCAGAAAAUGGUACUGUCUCUUUAAGAAACCACACAGCAGCUUAGACGGGUAACACAGUUCAGUGUAGAGAAACAGCUUCAAUGUUCACAUGAAGUGCAGUUAGAAUGCAGUAAGAACAGAUCAUAUGCAGUGCAGUGAGCUUCAGCCACCAUGCGCUUCACAAGAUGGGGAUGGGACUGAGCUAGAUUGUAAAUGAUGCUCUCACAUAUACACAGCAGCUGCAGGAAUUCUAUGCAUCUUUUGACUAUUCUGACUCGGAUUGUUGUGAUAGUGAUCUAACCCCUUGUGAGACCUCUGUGCCUGGCCUGUAUAAGCAGGUACGGUCACUGCGGACAAUCCUCCUCAGAUAGCUGAACUCACCAAUACUGGUUUCAUUCAAAAGCUGGUUUAUUCUGAACAUCACACAACAGGAAUACAGCAGAAUGAAUGGAUUUCAGUAUUAUGCGGUCAAAAGAUGAUGCUUUCCUUAGCUUAGCAUGUGGGAUACAAGAGUCCCAGUUACAUGAGGCAAAUGCAAGCAGCCAUGACACAGGAAGUACAGCAAGAACAAUGGCGGAGUUUACAUACAAGGAAAAGAUGUAUGAUGCUCACAGGAGGGACAAGGGCAUUACCAAAAAGGGCCAAAAGGAGGCAGCAAAAAUACAAGGUAAAUAAAUCACAGAAUAUGCUAUGUAAAUUGCAUCUACAAUAAUGAGAAUAUUAACUGUGUAACAGCACACUAGGGAAAAUGCAUAAGAUAAGUAGUCCAAACUUUGUAUUGUGUCUUAAAAAAAGAUAUGGAUCAGAAAUGAAGAAAAGAACAGAUUAUGGAAGGGGAAGAGAAGGGGAAACCCUACUAGAAAGGGUAGUUUGAGGCAUCUGAGCUGAUUACGGUUUCUUUCCUUCUUCAGGCCUUGUCCACACUAGAUUCUAUCACACUGAUGUACCCUUUCUUCUAUCGCCCAAUGUUUGAAGUCACAGAGGACGGCUGGAACUCCUACCUUCCAGAACAAGAAUUUGAACUUCUUAGUUCAGAGGUAAGAAUUGCUAAUAUGUUUUAUUUAUAGUCAUAAAACCUCAAUGCUGAUGCAAUAGCAAAUGCUUUCUGUGGGUGUACAAAUUCAGAUUUAAUUAUUUGGGCCAACUCAGUCAUUUGGUAUCAGUAGUUCUCUUUGCAUCUUAACCCCUUAAGGACACGUGACAUGUCAUGAUUCUCUUUUAUUCCAGAAGUUUGGUCCUUAAGGGGUUAAACUGGUUCAGACAAACUAAAAAAAAAAAAAUGCAAGUUGCAUAAUUUUUUUACAGUAAACGUUGUACAAGCUUACAUCAGUGGUGGGAAAGACUGACAGAGUGAAACAAGACAUACCCUCCCCGCCUUGCCACACACAGUUGUAAAUUCCUUUUAAGUAACUGUUUUAUCUCUCUUCCUUAGAACCAAACCCAAAUCCAUCCCUGCAACAAGUAGGCCAUUUAAUUUCACUUGGUUCUGACCACCCUGGUUCCUUCUAACUAUAUAGCAUGCACCUCCAGCUGUUUGGAACCACAGUCACUCACCUCCUCAUUAACUUCAUGUGUUACCAGCUGCUGCAGUUACACCAUUAAUUAUCUCUGCCAUCACAUACACAUUCCUCUGCUUCCUCUUGUCUCAUCUCUCCAUUUUAACAUUUAGAUUGUAAGCUUACGGGCAGGGUCCUCUUGUAUUGGUCUGUUCAUAUAGUGUUUAUAUUUUUCCCAAUUUUACAGCGCUGCGUAAUAUGUUGGCGCUUUAUAAAUGCCAGUAAUACAUAUCUAGCUCCUAAUUUAGUAGCAAAGACUGAAAUUCUGAACUUUCCAAUCUACUAGCCCCCUUUCUUGAAUUCUACUUUUCACAAAGUUCUGAUUACUUAGACUUUGCGAGGGAGGUGUGUGGCAGGCUAGCGUGGCUAGAGAAUGCAUUCAUAAAAUAAAUAAAUGUGGCCAUCUGUGCAUUGUAGAGACUAAUACAAAUUUAUAUAAUGUACAUCAGUACUUAUUAACUAUAUCGUCAGUUAUUUCAGAUAAAUUCCUGCUUCUUUCUAAAAUUGCUUGUUCGUGACUCUGCCAGUUUUUUACCCUUCAUAUUUUAUUAUUUUCAUGACAUUUUCAUGUAUUUAUUGCCAGCUGAUUAAAAUAAUUGUAUUAGUUUUAUACAUAUGGGGCUACAUUUUACAGUUAUAGAAAGGGGAUAUUUGACCAUUAAUUGACACAUAAAAAUUAACAGAGACAAGUGGUAAAGAAGGUCCUGUUCAAACGAGCUUACAAUCUCUGAGUACGGGAUAAAGACAUACAAGAGAAAUACCAGCAUGUCAGAGGGGAGGAGGGACUGAUGGAUGAGUUUUGUCUCAAAAUCGGCUAGUAAAAGUCAUGCGUGGAAAACCUUUUGUAGAAUAUGCAAAUUGCCUUUUGGAUAAUCUCGUGUGAGCAAAAAAAAAGGAAAAAUCUGUGAAACUCCUAAUGUAGUAGAUCCCAACAUCACCAGCUAAAAUACUACCAUCCCACCCCCGAGUGAUAUGUGGACAUGGCCACGUAGUGGUUUUUGUUUUCUUGUUUUUUGUUUUUAUUAAUACCCGUUCCCGGAAAAAUAUUUUUCCAUUAUUUUCAAUUCCAGCACAGCCAAGCUAUGUUGACAGUUGUCUUUUCAUCUUCCCAGGGAAUAGACUUCAAGGAUUUGAUAUAAUUUUUAUUAAAUAAAUAAUGGAAAACCUGCGUAAAUCACUUUUUAUUUGUUUUUUAUAUUUGAUGUGGGAAUGCUGCAAACUAUUUAUUUGCAUAACAAAAGGAUAUUUGUCCUGUCUGAAUCCAGAUGUUCACUCCCUGUCUCAGGACACAAUUGUCAUACAUAUUUUUAAAGAAAACAAUAUGAUGACAUUUAUAAACGAUGGACAGAAAAAUAUUCUGAUAGGAUUUGAAAUCUGAGGAACUUGCAGUCCUCCUUAGUGACUAGUAAAAUGAAUUUAUUGAGUGCUCGCUGACACAGGAGAGUGGAAUUAGUGAGAUGAAUCAGCCUGGCUAUUGUGGACGGAUGAAGUCUUUAGCGGGGCUGAAAGCCAGUGAGAGGACAAACCUCUAAUGAAAUGCAUCAGCAAAUCAUGACAUGAGGCUUCCUGGAGGAUGCUGAAGGUCACUGUGAGCAGGACAUAAUUUAACCCUGUACAUUCAAUAUACCAAAUCGUUGUCCCUAAAGGGUCAUGAACUUCCUGAUGUUUUGCAUUUUUUUUUUUUUUUAAAUUAAAAAAACAUUAAGGGUCAUUGUAAGCAUCAAAAUCACUUUGUAUCACUGGUGGUUAACCCCUUAAGGACCAAACUUCUGGAAUAAAGGGGAAUCUUGACAUGUCAUACAUGUCGUGCGUCCUUAAGGGGUUAAAGGAACACUAUAGGGCAAGCAUGUCAAACUCAAAGGCUAGCAUAGGCCAAAUAAACCAGGUUUAAGUUUAUGUGGGACGCAAAAAAAUAUUAAAAAAACUUAAAGUAGAGUAAAAAACAAGCAGACUCCACUCACAUUGCCGCUGCCAGUAUGUGACUCUGUUGUCCAUCCUCUGGUAUACCCCUAGAGGCGCUGUCCGCACCCUGUGCCAAAGCGGAUCCUCCCACUACUCGUUGAAACCCUGUGAAGGUGGAGCACGUUGAUGUCCUGUCUGAAUGUGAUGUGGCGUUGCAUGCCUCCGUGCACCUCCCGAUCCUCCACUGCCCAGCGGCAGCCAUCGCAACACAGACAGACACACACACACACACGGUAGCAGUGAGGAGCAGAACAGACUGAGCUCCCUCACCCGCGCCAGCGUCCUCUCAUCCCAGGCCGGAUCAAUUUUAGCAGAGUAGGCACCUGCAAUGUGGGGCAAGCACUUGCCUUAACAUGUCAAGCUCGCGGCUCGCUGGGCAGGUUUGACAUGCUUGCUAUAGGGUCAUGAACACAAACUUGUAUUCCUGACCCUUUAGUGUUAAAACCACUAUCUAGCCCCCCUGGUCUCCCCAUGACUCCCUAAAUAUAGUAAAAUCUUACUUGUGUUCAAGUCUGAAGCUGCUGGUUCUGCCCCUGAACUGCCUCUGUCUUCUGACAUCAGAAGUGGCGGUCUGAGCCAAUCACAAUGCUUCCCCAUAGUAUUGUCCUAGACCGUUAAUGAGGCAGAUCAAAGGCAGAGCCAGCACAAGUCAAACACUGCCCUGGCCAAUCAGCAUCUCCUCAGAGAUUAAUUGAAUCUAUGCAUCUCUAUGAGGAAAGUUCAGUGUCUGCAGCACUGCCCAAGGAAGCACCUCUAGCAGCCAUCUGAAUGGCCAGUGGAGUUAUCACUAGGCUGUUAUGUAAACACUAAAUUUUCUCUGAAAAGACGGUGUUUACAGCAAAAGUCCUGAAGGGAAUGAUUCUACUCACCAGAACAAAUCCAAUAAGCUGUAGUUGUUCUGGUUACUACAGUGUACCUGUAAGGUGCAUGGAUCCUGUACAUGCAUGCUUGCUUUUUAAAGCUCAGUUAUUUUCUCGGACAAUUAAAUAUAAAUAUUUUAUUUAUUUAUUUUUUGCAUUAUUUGAAUGCAUUAUCUGUGAAUUUCAUUUAAGAAAGGGUAGCAUUUUGAACUGAAUGUUUUAUAGUUUGAGCGAUAUAUUAUGAUUUACUGUAGUAUGAAGAGUCAUAUCGGUAAAAAUACUUGUAUGUUUUGUUUUUUUUCAGACAGAUGAGUGGAGACUCAGUCACGUGAAUCAAGAUUUCUUAGUCUGCCCGUCUUACCCCUCAGUUGUAGUGGUUCCAAAGUCAAUCGAUGAUGAGUCCCUUAGGAAGGUGUCCCAGUUUCGUCAAGGGGGACGAUUUCCAGUCCUUAGUUACUUUCAUCGGAAGAAUGGCAUGGUAAGUAGCAUUUUACCCCGAAUAUAACAUUACAUUAAACAUUUAAUGGGGCCUUUCCAGGACUUGACAUGAUCCACAACUGCUGGAUAAAUAAGUUAAAAGCGCUGCACGAACGCCUAGCAGCACAAAUGAACCAGCUUCUAGCAACAGGCUCCCACCCUGACUGGCUAACACAAGGCAGAACAAUACUGGUCAUGGAGGACCCUCACAAGGGAACCACACCAUCCAACUACCGACCAAUAACCUGCCUCCCCACAACAUGGAAACUCAUGCAAGAUGUUAGCAGUAACCGCAUACACUGUUAGACACAACCAAGUUUCUGAGAUUGUGUACUGAAACAUCUGCACAGAACAUGGAUUGGACCUACUUAAGUCCAGAUGGGAGAUACCACAAAGGGUAGUUGAAAAUGACUGUCUGGAUCUUGAAGUCCCACAGGAUCGUAGCCCAGUCAGACAAGCAAGUGCUGGCCAACCAACCAGAUAUCGUGGUGGUAGACAAGGAACGGAAGACUGCAGUCGUGUUGGAUGUGGCAAUACCCAGUGACUAACAUCAGGAAGAAGGAACAUGAGAAGGUGGACAAAUACCAAGGAUUGAAAGAAGAACUAGAAAGGAUGUUGAAGGUGAAGGCAGUAGUAGUCCCAGUUGUGAUAGGAGCACUCGGGGCUGUGACUCCCAAGUUGGGGGAGUGGCUUCAACAGAUUCCAGAAGAGUGCAGAAACCUCAAACUCCCAGACCUCUGGUAGAGAACCCGAGAAUGAUAUAUAUCACACACAAUGUUAUAUAUGAGUGGAGACUCAGUCGUGUGAAUCAAAAUUUCUCAGUCUGCCCAUCUUACCACUCAGUUGUUGUUGUUCUUGGAUCAAUGAAGUCCUUUUAUCAUCACAUUGAUUCACAGAUAGCAUCUUCUUUUAGAACGUGCUUUUCAGUACAAAUUGACAUAAACCUUUUAUGAAUAUCACCGGAAGAUGUUUCAAUAAAAUGGACAAAAAGGGGUUGCACGCAUUGUCUCAUUCUUAUCUGCUACUGUUCUGCAUACUGAGAAAAUGCCAUGGCAUCCUUUAUCUGUUUCUUGUUCUCAGAUUUAUUAUCCUUAUUAAUACACAUUUAUACAUGCUUUGAAGCACCAGGAUGAGAGGGGGCAAUGAAUCCGAAUGUUUAAUCGGAGCUUUACAAACACAAAAGGCACUCACGGAAGCUGCCCGAGAUACUAUUAAAAUGAUCAAUUUCUAUAAUUUAACCACUUAAGGACCACAUUACAGUCUAUGCGUCAUGCAGGACGGGGUUUUAAUGUUAUUGUUUGGAAGGAUGUGUUACCUGAAACAUUUCCAUAGUGUUCUAUAGACUGAAGCUGUCAUUGGAUGUUAUUUAUUUAUUCCUUUUCAGUAUUUUAUGUUACGCUUUAUAGUGAGUUUCCACCAAAUCCUGAAGAGGUGGUUUUAUCAGAGUCCAUACAGAUGUUUAUAUUUCAAUUGGAUAAAUACUUACAAAAACAUAACAUACAGGGAUAUAAUUUCUAAUAAGUGGGGUAAUAGCUGCUUGAUCCAAGGAGACUUCUGACUGCCAUUCUGGGGUCAAGAAGGAAUUGUUUCCUAGUUUGUUGCAAAAUUGCUUCAGACUAGGUUUUUUGCCCUCUUUUGGAUCAACAGCAAAAACAAAUGUGAGGAAGGCUGAACUUGAUGGACGCAAGUCUCUUUUCAGCGGAGUACCAAAACCACUAUAUCUUAAUGUGUUGUCUUUUCUCUGGCAAUGUAGAACACGGCUGUUUCUGACAAGUGUCAAUGCUUACAAUUGACAGCAAAUACAUUGCUAGAAGUGCUUCCUCAAGAUUUUUUUUAUUUUUAAACGUCCGAAUAUGGCUAAUACUUCUAGCGAAGCUUUGGAUUGCAGGAAAUAUGCCAUAUAUCUGCAGUGCUUUGUAUUUAUUUUAAACAAAGUCUGGGCCUAUAAUCUAAAAAUAGAAAGGAGCAUACCUAAUUUAAAGCGAAAUUACAAACAGCCUCGUUUUUUUUUUUUUUAUAUAUAGAUAUAAUUCUUUAUUUGUGCCCAGCUCACAAACCCAAGAGGGCUUGCAUGAAUAAAACAGAAGAGAAAUAUUAGAUAGGAUACAUAACGGCAAGGUUAACCCCUUAAGGACCAAACUUCUGUAAUAAAAGGGUAAUCCUGACAUGUCACACAGGGGUUAAACAGGUAUACAUUUUCUCAGAGUGACCUAGUUGGGAGCUGGGGUUUUUAUUUUUUAAGAUAUAUCUAAGGGCUUAUCCGAAUAUGUCUCCUCGAGACCUGUCCUAGGUGGGCUUACAGAGAGGUCGUGGGUGAUAUCAUGCCCAUCAGGUCUGCUGUGUGGGCCUAGGCUAUCCCCGGCCAGAACAUGUAAUGAAAACAAACAAACUAGAAGUAAACAAUCUGAGUAUGUACAAUUGUUAUAAUUGUGAUGGCUGCGCCUUUUAGUUCUAUCUACCUGCCAGCUCUUUACUAACCCUGUAUAUCUGGGAUAUAGCUCUUUACUAACCCUGUAUAUCUGGGAUACAGCUCUUUACUAACCCUGUAUAUCUGGGAUAUAGCUAUUUACUAACCCAGUAUAUCUGGGAUACAGCUCUUUACUAACCCUGUAUAUCUGGGAUACAGCUCUUUACUAACCCUGUAUAUCUGGGAUAUAGCUCUUUACUAACCCUGUAUAUCUGGGAUAUAGCUCUUUACUAACCCUGUAUAUCUGGGAUACAGCUCUUUACUAACCCUGUAUAUCUGGGAUACAGCCUUUUACUAACCCUGCAUAUCUGGGAUACAGCUAUUUACUAACCCUGUAUAUCUGGGAUACAGCUAUUUACUAACCCUGUAUAUCUGGGAUAUAGCUCUUUACUAACCCUGUAUAUCUGGGAUAUAGCUCUUUACUAACCCUGUAUAUCUGGGAUAUAGCUCUUUACUAACCCUGUAUAUCUGGCAUAUAGCUCUGCUCUUUACUAACCCUGUAUAUCUGGGAUACAGCUCUUUACUAACUCUGUAUAUUUGGGAUAUAGCUCUUUACUAUCCCUGUAUAUCUGGGAUACAGCUAUUUACUAACCCUGUAUAUCUGAGAUAUAGCUCUUUACUAACCCUGUAUAUCUGGGAUAUAGCCCUUUACUAACCCUGUAUAUCUGGGAUACGGCUCUUUACUAACCCUGUAUAUCUGGGAUACGGCUCUUUACUAACCCUGUAUAUCUGGGAUAUAGCUAUUUACUAACCCUGUAUUUCUGGGAUAUAGCUCUUUACUAACCCUGUAUAUCUGGCAUGUAGCUCAUUACUAACCCUGUACAUCUGGGAUACAGCUGUACUUAUUACCAGCCAUUUGGAUAUAACUAAGAUCAGGCAGAUUUUCAGCAUGUGUGAUGAAUCCAAAUUCCUUUCAAUCAUUGUGUAGCAGUCUAUUUUGUAAUGAUGGUAACUUUGAAGUUGCAUUUCAAACAGCAGCUAGUUUAAAGGAUUAUUUGCGAUCUGUCUCAGUGCAGAGAUGCCCCAGAAUGCUGCAUGUUGCAGGAUUUGUUCUGUUCAUACAAAUUUCUCCUUGUGUGGAUCGCACAUCCUCCAAACACAGCGAGUUCCAUCCCCAGCCACUGUCGUGGUGCACUCAUUUUCGAAAUAUAUGUGAUGGUAGGAGCUUUUGUAGGUAAAUGAAUGCACCUCAUUAAUAUCACAGCUUCACCCGGUGCGGCCGUUUGUUUUAUCGGUGACAGGUUGAGCUGUGGCGCUCUCCGCAGCAUCUGUCGGAGAGCUUUAUUGUGUGUCACUAGCUAAUUGAUUGAGGUCCCACUCUCCAAGCGCUGAGAGUCAGUUCAUCAAUCACCGCUCUGUAUUCCUGUACAUUACAGUCCCUCCCCACACAGAGCCAAAGCCAUUUUAUGUCUGAUCGAAUUUCCUGCAAUCUUACUGGGCCUCUUAUUGUGAACUGGCUGAUAACGUGAUACAAUGCAAUUAUGUUAUUAAAGGUUUGAUAAUUAUCUUUCCUUCCCUUCUAUAUAUCAAUAUAGCUAUUUCUCCUCCAUUCUGCUCCUUGCACUGUCUUUUUUUUAUUCGAUUCCUCUAUUUAGCUUCCCUUUUCCUCGUUGUCCUUGAAAUGUUGAUUUAUGCAUGGCCUGUUCCACUUAAAACAAAUAAUAAAAUGUGAUCUAUACAAUGCGCAAGCAAAAUAAUUAGCAUAUAUGUAGAUUAAAUGUGUACUCCACUUAUAUUUGCAUAUUAUUGUGUGCUGCAUGUAUAAUUUCACAUACCUUUAGUAUAGUAUAUUAUAAAGCAUACAGAUAACUUGCUAAGGAUUCUGGGAUAAAGUACUCCGUAUUAUGGGAAACUACAUGUAUAUCCAUUUCCUUGUAUCAAUAAUAGAUAAUGAGCUGUAAUCCUGAACUAGAAAAUAGAUACGUAAUUUUACAUUUAAUAGGCACCUGGCUAUUAAGAGUUAUAAAAUGUAUUUUAUUGCUGCACUGAUGUUUUGGCAUUGCCGGUAUAAUUUAAAAUCCGAAAUUUUACAGUAUUUGUAAUCAAAUCUCAUUUCCUACAAGUACAGCACAAACUGUGAAAAAUAUAAAAUGAAUGUGUGGGUUAUUUUUCCUUUUCACCAGCAUGUCUUUAAUAUGUUUCGAUUGAUCAACAAUAAAUAAUCCGUAAUGAAGUCGCUACGAAGUUAACUGGGUCUUCUUUUACUUGCAGGUAAUUAUGCGUAGUAGCCAACCUCUUACCGGGACAAACGGCAGGCGGUGCAAGGAAGAUGAAAAGCUGAUUAAUGCAACUUUGAGACCUGGGAAGAGGGGAUACAUCAUAGAUACUCGCUCCUUGAAUGCGGCUCAACAGGCCAGAGCAAGGGGCGGUGGGUUUGAACAGGAAGCAUACUAUCCGCAAUGGAGACGGAUUCACAAGUCCAUUGAGCGGUAUGACGCCUACAUAUAUGCAACACCAUAUUAAUAAGUGAAGUUCUAGGUAUUUAACUCCAAUCUACUUUAGAAUGGGUAGACUCACGGGCUGAAUGGGUGGAUUUUCAGGGCUCCAGACCAAAUAUCCAGGUGAAUGAGCUGAUUCUCAGAACUGUCUCCGUGUAACUGGAUGAAUGUGAUGGUUUUUAGGCUCGAUGUCUAUAUUCUCUGAGUGAAUGAAACCGUACAAUGGAGAACUUCUCGGACCUCAUGGGCAGGUUUGCUGGAUGAAAUGGUAGAUGAUUUUCAAGGUCUCAGAUAUAUAAUGGCAGACUAUAUGGACCUUGGUUAUAAUGGGCAAUAGACUGGAUUAUCUGGGUUUCGGUAAAUGGGUAGACUCACGGUAUGAACACUAAACUUUUGAGGAGCUGAGACACAUUAGCUGUCACUCUAUUUUUGCUAGAUUGUCCAAGAAGCAUGUUCGUAUCUGUUUUUCAAUAUGUCCAUCUAUGAUCAUAACCUCACACAUUAAAAACUGAUGGACCUUAGAUUAUUUUCAAGCAAAGUCUUAUCAUUGAUGACAAAUAUCAUAUGUUUAUUAAUUUUGUCUUCGGAGUCCCGCCACAUCAUUUACACAUUACUAGCAAAGGCUAUUCUGAAUUGAAACAACCGUUAAUUGAGGUUCUCCCUAAAGAUGUGUUGUAAUUCCUCCUAAAAUUUCAAAUUAUUUUCAAGGUCAUACUAUCAGUGCCUCAAUGACUACAGGAUAGCCAGCUUCUCUCUCCAGAAAACCCCAGUGUUAUUGUUUGAAUCUGUAUAAGGAGAUGAUCUGUUCACAGUAGACAAUCUAGCACCAUAUUUCCAGUGGAUUUAUUUUUCCAUUUUUAUGGAUGUCUUUUUAGUUUUACUACGGAUAAUUUUAUGAUGAUGUGACUUUGUGCUGUAGCAUAGUACAGGGACGGUGAAAAUGUACACCUCCAGGUAUCUUAUAACUGCGACUCCCUUAUGGCUGGCAUUGUGUCAUGGCAGUUGAAGAUCCACAUCUGGAAGAGAUUUUUUUUUUUCCCCUAUUCCUGCUGUUUUUCCCCACUAUGUUAAAGGGACACUUUAAGCACCAACACUACUUAAAGUGUUUUUGGUGCAUAUACCCAGUGUUUGUUUUCUCUGGCAAUGUAAAACUGUUACUUUUUCAGAAAAAACUGCAAAGUAUACAUUUGCCAGGUAACACACUCUUCUAGUAGAUGGAUGCUAAGGUCAUUUCCUCAUGACGACUUUCAAAAAUCGAAGGUCUUCAUGUUCACGCUGUUAAUCUUUCUCUACAAGAAGCGUUCAACUGGUGCAGCAUGGUGAUUGGGUUCAUGCAAUCGCAUGUCUCCAUAAUGCUUCUCAAUGAGGAGCAAGUUAAUCACAACUGAUGAUCUCAGGAUUACUUUUUUUUAUUUUAUUUUUUCAGUAUGUUACGAUGGGGAGGGCCAUAAAUCAAAAACUAACAAUUUUAACUAAACUCUAAUUUCCAAGAAAGAAAAAACUGAAACCAUUCAAUGUGUGUGUCGUCAUCUCAGAUAUAACAUUCUACAGGAGAGCCUGAUUAAGCUCGUAGAGGCUAGUAACGACCAGUCCAACAACAUGGAUCGCUGGCUCAGCAAGCUGGAGGCCUCCAACUGGUUGACUCAUAUCAAGGAGAUAUUGACAACUGCUUGCCUUGCUGCCCAGUGCAUAGACAGGUAAGGAUGGUCUGUGCCCAUUUAAUUGGCCUCGGAGACUAUAAAUGGCCUGUGGUUUAAUAGAAACAUAACAUAGCGUAAAUGUGACUUUUUCUUUUAUUUUUCUUCCUUCCAAAAAGGUUUAAUAUCACGUUUUUUUUAAAAGUGCCAUAUUUAUGGUGUUUACAGUAUGAAGGCUUGAACAGAGUGCAAACUUUGCUCCCUUGUGAAAGCACUGUGUUAGCUGGGCAGACAGACAUGAAGGCUGUGAUAGGACUGUGUUAGUUGGGCAAACUGAGAAAUGGAGGUUGUGAAAGAAUUGUUAGUUGGGCGGACGGAGAAUUGGAGGCUGUGAUUGGACUGUGUUAGUUGGGCAAACAGAUGGACGCUGUGAUAGGACUGUUAGUUGGGCAGACAGAGAGGUGGAGGUUGUGAAAGCACAGUGUUAGUGGGGCAUACGGAGAGAUGUAAGCUGUAAGAGCACUGUGUUGGGCAGACGGAGAGAUGGAGGCUGUGUUAGCUGGGCAGACGGAGUUAUGGAGAAUAUGAAAGGACUGUGUUAGUUGGGCGGACGGAAAGAUGGAGGCUGUGAUAGGACUAAUAUUUGGGCAGAUGGAGAGAGAGAGAGGCUGUGAAAGCACUGCGUUAGUUGGGCAGACGGAGAUGGAGGCUGUGAAAGCACUGUGUUGGGCAGACUGAGAGAUGGCGGCUAUGAAAGCACUGUGUUAGCUGGGCAGAUUGAGAGAUGGAGGCUGUGAAAGCACUGUGUUGGGCAGACUGAGAGAUGGCGGCUAUGAAAGCACUGUGUUAGCUGGGCAGACGGAGAGAUGGAGGCUGUGAAAGCAUUGUGUUAGCUGGGCAGACGGAGAUGGAGGCUGUGAAAGCACUGUGUUAGCUGGGCAGACGGAGAUGGAGGCUGUGAAAGCACUGCGUUAGUUGGGCAGACUGAGAGAUGGAGGCUGUGAAAGCACUGUAUUUUUGGGGAAGAAACGGAGGCUGUGUUUUAGCAUUGGCACAGUCAUUUCUUAGGUGGCAGCAUUUACUGAAAACUUCCAGGAAUAUUAACAGUCAAGGCAGAGUUAUUGGCCAUAAAAUGUGUGUGGAUGAUAAAAAUGAUAAAACCUAUUUUCAGGUUCAUUGUCAGAUUCUUCACAUUGUGCAGAGGCAUAGAUUCAAUGUAUACUCUUCUGAAGAUCUUUUUCUGCCUCCUGUAACAUGGCCAUGUUGGUAUAUAUAAGCAGGUGGACAUUCAUUAUUUGUAGCAGCCAUUUAUUUUCUGUUUUUGAAGAGCUCACUUUAAAGUGAUUUCAUGUAAUUUUUGAUUUAAAACUCUAGGGGUUUCUUCCAUUAUCUUGAUGCCUUUAGAUUUGUUUGUGGCAGUCCCUGUGACUCUCACUGCAUUAUUUCACUAAAACAACAUCCUGUAUGUAGAAAUCAUGUAUUCAGUGUAACCUGUACAUCUAAUGGAAUGUUAAUUUCUCUCCCCAUUUUGAAAGAUAAAGAAUAAUUCAUUAGAUUGUAAGACCUGUUCUCAUAAUUCCCCAUAACGGCACAUUUUAAAGCAUUGUUUUGCCUUUACCUUUGAUUACAAGACAAUAUUAUUUUAACUAAACAUUGAAUUGUGCUGAAUUUCAAAAUGCAAAAGCCACUCGAAAAUAGCCGAUCAGUGUUUGUAGCUGAACUAGAUUUUUUUUGUUUGUUUUUACAGACUAGCUUUUUUUAUUAUAAAGAAAGUAGUCUAGAUAGACACCAUAAGCACUAGAUUAGGUCGGUAUAAUUUCCCUUCUGAAAGAUACCGACCUAUGUCAAAACAUGGCCAUUGAUGGUAUUCAUGGUUCAUUAAAAACUUCGUGUGAAUUUAUGGGGAUUUCUACUCCCAUCCCUUUAAAUGGGUGACUGAAAUUCAGAGACACCGUGUAGACGUCUCUCUCAUCCCACCUGAUCCUUUUGAGUUCCUGAUAUUUCUGUUGCUUUGAUAUGACAGGGUAGUCAUUUUCAUAAAUCAUGUACUAACUCUCUGUCUAACUGUUAGGGAAGGGGCUUCUGUGUUGGUUCAUGGAUCAGAAGGCAUGGACUCCACUUUACAAGUGACAUCUCUCGCACAAAUCAUCUUGGACCCAAAGUGCCGGACUCUCAGAGGCUUCGAAUCUCUGGUAGAGAGAGAGUGGCUGCAGGUAAAUAGCUUUCAGAUGGGCUUGGUGGACACCACAUAAUUGCUGCAGAGGUAUUUGUUUGAAUUGUAGAGAAAUUCUAAAUCUGCCUGAAACAGAAAAUGCACAAGAAGCCAGUGACAGACUUUUCCUGUUAAUUUAUGUUGAAGGCAUUAUUUGAUUUAAUUAAGCAACUACUUCCCAUAAAUGUUUCACUAGGUAAGAUGUUAAGGAACUAUAAUGCCUUUUUUCAUCUAAUCAGGGCAUUCCUGAGAUGGGUUUCUUAGCUUCCAGCAUUUCAUUUGCUCAGAUAGGAAAUAAGUGAAUUAACUGAUGUUUUAGGGAAAAAUCUCAAAUGGCAUCAAUGGCAACUGGAGAACACGCUGCACCCGGCGGGAUACUUGAUAAGAGUGCAAGCGUUGCAAACGGACCCGGGUUAUGCCUACCAUUAUAACCACUAUAGCAAGCUGUAGUGGUUAUGGUGCUUGAAGUAAAGAUUAAAAAUUUAACAUGAAGUGCUUGCAGCUUUUGAGGCCUGAAUAAUUCCUUCAUAUGACAAAAUGUAAGCCAUCUAUUGUACGUUGAUCAUUUUUUAUUGGCCUCUAGAGUUUAUUAAAGUUUUAGUAGAACACUUGACUAUGUAUAUACCCUACCUUAGUCCAUUUAUUAAGCAGUAAACGAGGUGCAUGUUAACAUGGAAGAGAACUCAGCGAGAUUUCCAUUGCUUAGAUCAAAGACAUUUUCUUAGGGGGAAUAUCGGAAGAUAGUUCAAGCCAUGCAAUCUGUCUGAUUAAUAAUCAUUGUAUUGAUAAUUUAAGAUGACCUUUGUUCCUUGUUUGCCUGCAGGCUGGUCACCCAUUCCAGCAGCGUUGUGCUCAAUCUGCUUAUUCAAACAGCAAACAAAAGUGGGAGGCUCCAACAUUCCUCCUCUUCCUGGACUGUGUGUGGCAGAUUCUUCGUCAGUUUCCGUGUUCAUUCCAGUUUAAUGAGAGAUUCCUCAUCACACUAUUCGAGCAUGCCUAUGCUUCUCAGUUUGGCACCUUCCUGGGCAACAAUGCUCUAGAAAGGUUGGUGACCAUAACAUGUCUGUUUUUGUUAAUAAUUGUCUAACCUGCCUUAAAAUCGUAAGGGACUCCCACAUUGAGUCUGAAGAAAGCAACAUGUACUAAGGUACAUUUUAAUGGAGGUCCUGAAUAUAUGUGAUCCAAGUUAGUAAUGUUAUACACGUAUUACCAAUAAUACUGAUCACUAUCAAUGUUUUCUUAAAGGAACACUCUAAAAUAACAAUUAAUUUAAAUAUUGUCAUCUCAAGUCGCCGAACUAACAUAUAGAAUAUGCAAACGUGACAGGAAGAAGCUGUUCCAUGCAAAGAAAUUCACACAGUCCACACAGAAUACAUACAGGCUGCUUACAGCUGUGUCAGAAUUGGUAACAUCUGUCUGGCUGAGCAUUGUUUGAAAGGCAGCUCACAGUAGCUGGAAUUGUAGAUCUUUACCUGGUCUGAUUUCAGCAAUCUUUCCUGGCUUUCUCGCUGUGUGACUGUAGAAUAGUUAAUGUUCUAAGUAUAGGGGUUUAAUCUCAACUCAAAUGAAAGCUUAUCUGAAGGAUGUAAUCCAGUUAAUCUCAUACACUGUGGAGGAGUUGGGGGGGGGAAAAGGACAUUUGGGGAAAAAAGACAUUUGCUUGGUUUCCAUGGUGGUUGGUCUUUAUUUAGCACUCUGUCCAAUAAUAAUGCUUGUUUGAACCCUGAUAUAAUUGAAACAUCACAUUCCGCAAUGGGAAUCAACUAAACUGGAUGAUGUCAUGGCCAACACCAAACCCCGACCCCUGAGAAUGUUUGUUUGGCAUCUACGCUUGCAUACGAUAGACAUCUUUUAUAGUAGUUAACCUACAAAAUAAUGGUCACAUCAGAUCAUUUGCUUUCCAAUCCAAAUUUGUUUUCAGAUUACUGUAAAGACCUGUCUCAUAAUGUUCUAUUGUUUAUUGUAGUUAGAUAUGACUUUUUUUUUUGUUUUACUGUCUUUCAGAGCUAAAUUAAAGUUACAGCAGAAAACAAUGUCUCUGUGGUCCUGGGUGAACCAACCAACCGAGCUGAACAAAUUCCUGAAUCCGUUGUUUGAAGCAAAUGGGCUGGUGAUCUGGCCGUCUGUUGCCCCCCAAAGUCUCCAGCUGUGGGAAGGUAUUGUGCUAUUUAAUUAUUUUUUUUUUGCCUCUUAUCUUGGACAUUAGAAGGCAUCAUCUUAGUAAUGACAACAUUCCCUUCUCCACUUUUAGAGCUAAGCCCUUUCUGCAGUGAUUAUAAAAACGCUUUCCUGACUUCACAAACCUCCCUGUUUGUCCCAUCUGACUGGCGCUGUACUGCCGUUCAGUGCCUCUCUAAUGGUGUUUAACACAAUAGGGUCAGGAAUGCAUGUUUGUGUUCCUGACCCUAAAGUAUUUCUUUAAGACUAAGUGAUCAUUUUUCUAAACGGAAUCUCAUUGGUGUUUACACUGUCUUCAUAGAGAAGGUAUUUAGCACACAUUGCUUAUGUAUGCAAUUCACAAAUACCCAGGAAGAUUUCCAACAAUUAUUGGUAAUAGUCAUUAAUGUUAUCUCCCAUAUACCAUGUCAAUUAAAUGGUACAAAGAUCGUUUCAAUCAGUAAAACACAUGGUAAUAGUUCCUGUAGAAUGAACAAACACUAAGAACUAAAUGCAUCCCUCACUUAAUAUUUAAUAGAAUAUAAAUGUUUACAUUUACAGGAUUAUUUACCAAAGUCAGAAUUUAAAGUACAUUUCAAAUUUAAGAUAAAAAAAAAAAAACCCUGUCAGCUCUGCUCAGUUCGGCUACUUUGACCUUAACUAGGAAAUCUACUUCAUAUUCACUUUGAAUUCUCACUUUGGUAAGUAACCCUGUUAAUCUUCCAUGUCUUGAUGUGAUUGAAGACAUGACCAGACAGGUGAUAAGAUCUCUUGGCACACACUCCCUCUGUACCAGACAUUCAUUAAUAAAGCCAGCUUGCUGUUAGAGUCUUGUAUUCAGAUCAGUUCCUUAUGUUGUUCUGAUCCACCCUGUAAUUUGAAUUAGGCGUCAAGUUCUGUCGCCUCAUGUAUUGGGAAAUAGGGAGGACUUGUACUCAUUAUAGGAGUACAAAUGUGUGAAAUGAAUUGUCCAGCCGUGCACAGUCCUGUGAAUCGGAUCCAGUUUGUGGUUAUGUUAUAAAAUGCUUUGGUAUAACUGAGCUAGAAAGCUAGAUAGAGAUUAUUUAUUGUGUUUGCUUGUUUAUGUAUCAGGGAUUUCUAAACCUGUUAAAUGUGUGGCAUGAUUUACCAUUUUUCUUCACAUGGUCUUGCAAACGAAAUGAAAACUGAACAAAGUUUACAUGAAGGCUACACAUCAAAAAAAAUACAGCUUGAAAUCUUACAAGGUUACUAAAAGAAUCACCUGUCCAGUUACACCAUAUGGUCAUAUUGUGUUAAGCCCACCACUACGUCACAGGACCCCAAUAUUGAUAGGUCCUACAUUUAACAUGUGAGAUGGACAUGCUAACUGUGAUAUUUCCUUCUUAAACUGCUUCCAGAGACUCUCUUUAAAAUCCUGCUCUCCUAUGGACACCUAUAGUGGAGGGGUGGGAUUUUCAACCCAAAAGGAAUCUGGUAUAGAUUCCAAAUAUACACAGAAAAAAGGGAAAUUGAGGGCACACCUGGAACAUGCAUGCAGGGUGUAACCAAUCCCCAUAUUUGGUGGUUUUAAGUAACCAUGUAAGACUUAAAGCUUUAUUUAUUUUGUGUGUGCUAUUCUUUAAUCUGUAUUCUUUAUAUAGUUUGCUCUUUACAGUAGCACCACAGUUUAGAAAUGUAUGUCUUUCUCUCAGAUCAGUAUACAUGUAUGCAAGUAGACGCAAAAUAAAAUCAUAGGCCAGAACUAACUUACAGAAAAUGCACAAUACAUUAAAAAAAUAAGGAGUUUUGGUAGUGUUUGUGGCAAACUUUUUCUUUUUUUUUUCUUUUCUAAUAAAACAUAGUCCUAUACAGGAUAGAUUUAAAGAAAAUAAGUUAAAGAAUCUUAUACACAGGACAUGGAUAAAAAAAAUCGACAGAAUUCUAGAGAGGUACAGAAGGCAUAACUAGAUGGGAAUUAAGAAUGUUUGUGUAAGUAGACAACCAUAAUAAAAUGUAUAGACUUAACCAGUACUGGAUCUAUCACGAGACUGAGAAGGCAUUUCCCAUGGGUGGCACUUUCCAUAGGGCAAUAAAAAACACAGCCUCCUAAAUACCCCGGCAACUUUAACAAAUGCCUUUAAGCCUCAUGCCAUGGGGGCCCAAGAGCUGGUUGGCUGGCUACCUUAGAGCCCUCAGACCGUUGUGCGGAAUGGAAGCUAUGGCGAUGGAGCUCUUCUUGCUCUGCUCCACUGUGCGUCCUGCUGUGAUGCAGGGAGCCGGAAUAUGAUGGCAUUCCGGCCCCGGCAUCACUAAACGGCGAGCGAGGAUGCAGAUCUGAAAGAUUACAGCAGCCACACUGGCCCCAGAGAAAUAAUCCUCUCCAGCUCUCCCAAAAGUUGGGAGGCUGAGCAGACUUAAAUCGAAAUGAAAAAUAAUAAUCCGUGAAUGUAUGAGAAAAUGUGAGUGUCUGUCGGUGAAAGUGUGCGUUUUUUAAACUGUGUGUGUCAAUGACUUCGUCAGUGAGGAUGUGAGUUGGUCUUAAACAGGAAGAAGUAUAGCCUUGACAGGAAGGGGUGGGGCAUAUUUACAUUAGGGAGGUGCCUGAGUUUAGUCAUGCCCAGGGCAGCUCAAAAUCAAAAUACAUAACUGGGCAUAAUUUAAGGAAUCAAAAAUGACAAACUGGAAAACUAAGAGGGAAAAAUAACAAUAGUAAAUAACCACCCCUCACUUUUAGGAUCCUCCAGUGUUUGAGUCAAUGACAGUGUGUGCCAUCAAAUGCUUAAGGAUUCAAUCCUAAAAUGGGAUUACCUAUUUGUUUAUUGAAUUCAAAGCUGCAAUGCUAAAUAAACCAGCCAAUACAGCUAGAGUAGUAGAGAGUUCCUAGACAGCAGUGUGUGGUGAUGGCAAAAUGUAAAAUGUGGUGCUAAAUAACUAGUCUUAUUUUUUAUAAAGCUCUUUGCAUAUUACUGUCGUAGAUGUGACGGAGUAAGCGAUAUUGAGCCUGCAUGUUAAUGAUGUCACAAACCUGGAUGUUGACACUCAUUAUUCACAUCCCUCUCUCUUUCUGUAAGGGGUCUUCCUUCGAUGGAAUAGAUCCUCCAAGUAUUUAGAAGAUGCUUAUGAAGAAAUGAUCCACAUUAUAGAGUACAACAAGGAGCUUCAGGUGAAAGUAAAUGCACUGAGACGGCAAUUAGCAGAGCUGGAAACUGAGGAUGGUGCUCUGGAGACCCCCUAACGCCUUAAUUUUACUGUAUAAAAUCCUGUCUAUCCCAGAUAGACUUCAUGUUUACACUAUCUGUGAUGCAUGCACUACAUGUUUCCCUGGUUCAAUUAAUCUUAAACCCUUUCAAUGUCAGAAGGGCCGGCAACAUUACAUACCUCUUUGGCAGUUUGUAAAACAGGGUUGGCCAAAGACUAGCAAUCUAACUGUUGUUCAACUACAACUUGCAUGGUGCUUUGCCAGCCUACAGAUUGGCGCUAUUGAUUUCAGUGGGUUUGUCACCUUCCCAAAUAUCUUGCCUUAAAGGAAGCUUCUAUCAGGGUUGUAUUUUACAGUUUGCUCUUUCUAACUCCCUUAUUCCAACCCUUGGUGGAAGUUGAUCUGUUCUGGCAAUUUCAGCGAAAGGAGAAGGAGACUCACUCCAACUAAGAGGAAAAUUGGCACACUUCUGCAAUAACGCCAAUUCUGAAAUGUGUAACACAAUUAAAUCGUUUAAAAUAAAUAAAUAUAAAUAUAUGUAAUUAAAACAAUGUAAUUUGAUUCCAAUGGCACAUUUAAUGAAAUUCUAAUCUUAAAGGUGGCACGUUCAUUUACAUUUUUUUCUUAUUUAUACUAAACACAUCUAGUGAUGAUUUAAGGAUUGUUGGUGGAGCCAGUGAUGUAUGUAAAAGUGGGUCAUGCUCUUAAAGGUAAACUCUCUCCUAAAGAUAGCAAAUGCACAAAUGUUUGUUCAUAACCUUUCACUUGACGUGUGUAUAUUUGUGCUAGGCUGUGUUGUAAUGGUGUAAUCUUACCACUAGAUGGAGCUGUUAGUCACAGUAAUUUCCUGCCUUGGCCCUCGAGAUUCCCCCUUUUGACUCACCUGUCCUCUGCAAAUUUUGCACAUUGUUUUCAUUAAAGGGACACGAUAGUCACCUGAACAACUUUAGCUUAAUGAGGCAGUUUUUGUGUAUAGAACAUGCCCCUGCAGCCUCACUGCUCAAUCCUCUGUAAUUUAGGAGUUAAAUCCCUUUGUUUAUGAACCCUAGUCACACCUCCCUGCAUGUGACUUGCACAGCCUUCCAUAAACACUUCCUGUAAAGAGAGCCCUAUUUAGGCUUUCUUUAUUGCAAGUUCUGUUUAAUUAAGAUUUUCUUAUCCCCUGCUAUGUUAAUAGCUUGCUAGACCCUGCAAGAGCCUUCUGUAUGUGAUUAAAGUUCAAUUUAGAGAUUGAGAUACAAUUAUUUAAGGUAAAUUACAUCUGUUUGAAAGUGAAACCAGUUUUUUUUUUUUUUCAUGCAGGCUCUGUCAAUCAUAGCCAGGGGAGGUGUGGCUAGGACUGCAUAAACAGAAACAAAGUUAUUUAACUCCUAAAUGACAGUGAAUUGAGCAGUGAAAUUGCAGGGGAAUGAUCUAUACACUAAAACUGCUUUAUUUAGCUAAAGUAAUUUAGGUGACUAUAGUGUUCCUUUAAUAUACAUUCUCUUGACUGUAUAUAUAUUAUUUUUUUUUGUUUGUUUCUACAUUUCUCAAAGUACAUUUAAAUGUAACAUGUCCAUACAGCAACUGAUUGCUAAUGUAUAUAUUAGUCCUAGAGGAGGAUUGGACAAACUGCAAAUCUCCAGCCCAUUUGGACUUCCAUUCCUAUAAUUCCAAGCUGAGUAGCUGACUGCCAGUAUUGGGAGCUGCAGUUCAGCAACAGGUUCCAUCCUCUGUCCUAGAAGGAACUAAAAUACCUGGAACAUCGCUAUACACUCCAAUAAUUAUUAUAAAAUGCUAUUUACUGUGAAACAUUAAACGGUGUUUCUGUAACAA